CAUGGCUUUGAUCUCUUCUCCUCAUCUCCCAUUGAUAUUAUUCACUCUUCUUCAACUAAUUGUAAUCCAAAACCAUCUGUGUUGCAAAGCUGAUCCUACUGAUGGUUUCACUUCCGUAACUCUUAGUGAAAGCAACUUCCAAAUUCAAAAGCCUUAUGAUGUGGCUGUAAAUCAAAGGUAUUCCUUUAUCAAUGGAGUUCAUAAGAUGUGGGUUUUCAAGACGGACAAGCCUCAUACUCCCACUAGCCAAACAAAACCUCGUACUGAAAUUCGUAUAACGGGGCGCGAUUAUUCAUCGGGUGUGUGGCAAUUUGAGGCAUAUGGAUAUAUUCCUAGUGGUACAACUGGUGUGUCAAUAAUGCAAAUAUUUGGAGCAUCAACUUCAGCCACAACCUUAAUUUUCCCGAUCCUAACAUUAAUGCUAAGAGAUUACAAUGGGGACCUCACUUACUAUAGAACAACAAUUGAACCAAACAUUUACAACAGAUGGUUUAGGCUAAAUGUAAUUCAUGAUGUUGGUGCAAGUAAAUUGAAGGUUUAUAUAAAUGGAAAUCUCAAGUAUGAAGCUUCUGGAAGAGGUGGAGACCAUCAUUAUUUUAAGUUCGGAGUUUAUGGACAAGAUAAUGAGUCUGAUCGUAUGGAGUCUCGUUGGAGAGGGAUUAAACUUUUCAGAAAAUAG